AUGGAGUUAUAUAAGGGAUUAAUAGAGUGCAGCAGCAGCAGCAGCAGCAGCAGCAGCAACAGCAGCAGCAGCAGCAGCAACAGCAGCAGCAGCAGCAGCAGCGAAUAUAAUUCCUUAGGACUACUUAAUUUUAAUGAUAUCUUUUCUUCUCUUGUUACUCUUUUCCUUCUUACUGUUAAUGGUUGGGAUGAUUCCCUUAAGGUCCUAGUAAAUCAUACAUCUGUACUUAAGUGUAGUCUAUAUUUUGUAUCUUUUUAUAUUCUUACGGAUACAAUUCUUCUUAAUCUUCUUGUUGCUCUUGUUCUUGAAGCUUAUGAACAGAUCUCGGCUACUCCCUCUAAGACAGAAGCAGUACCAGCUGAUCAGCAGCAGCUGCAGCAGCAGCUACGUCAGCAGCAGGUGCUGCUGCAGCAGCAAUUGCAGCAGCAGCAGCAGCCGCUGCUGCUGCGUGAUGAAUCUUCCUUAGUUUUAUCUCUAGGUAAAGAAAUUACCCACAGAACAAUUCACGACUAUGGAUAG